AUGCCGGCGGACGGCACCAGGCUCGAGCUACUCAAGUUCAAAAUGCAGCUGCGCGAGUGGAACGUCGCUGCAGCGAGACUGCCGCCUCAAAGUGGAUACGCACCUCGCCCUCUACCUGAACCUCGUCUCGUCAUUCCAGGCUUGUUUUUCGAUUACUCGUCUCCCGAUGGUCCGCAAAGGUUCAUCACCUCAGCCCAGGUGUCCGUAUUUCUCUUAGCAGCGCCAUAUAUGAAUCCCCUCGGUAUGCACAACCUCGCGCGACUGUGUCGGCCAAUGCGGACGGCCCUCAUGAAGAAGGAGAGCCGCCCCAUCUGGAGGGAGAUGUUUGAGAAGAACCCGAGCUAUCCGCCAUGUCCCAGACAUAUUAUCGAACCACACCACGCCACCAUGAUAGCUGGCCGGGAAUGCAGCGCUUGCGGAGAGAUUCCGUAUUCGUGCCAAGAGAUCGAAGUCAGCACACUCGUGAGAGCUAAGAUAGGCUGGGUCCUCUGCGACGUCUGCCUCCGAUACAACCUCGUCGACGAGCAAGAACUUCUGGGCUUAUACAAUGCGGCUAUACCGAACAGACCCGCGGGCGUUCGUUUACUCCCGCGCAACCCCCUUAGCGACCUGCGAAGGUUUCUGCCGUUUCACCGUCUCAGUUGCUUCUCCGAGGGAGGCGUGGAAGUCACUUACUAUUACAGGCCCGAGGCGGAGCUAUUCGUACGGAACUAUCUACGCCUCAUGGAGUCCCAGGAAAUACUUUGCGAUGCACGUUUUGAGUUUGCUAGAAACCUGAUGGUUGAGCUGCGCGUCGAACAUGCUACUCUCGUGAACGAGUUUGCGGACAAUUGUCUGAGGCACGUCAGAGUCGCGGUAGAGGCUAAUCGGCUUGGUGUUCCCAAUUACACUUUGAGAUCCGCGAUCAUGGAGAGGGUAGAUGUUGCAGACCGCCACUAUGAACUAGAAGACCUCCAAAGGAGCUCCUUUUACCUCGACAGAUUCCUAGACCACUAUGUGACGAGCGACGAUGUGUUCAAGAGUGCGCUACCGCACAUAUGGCAGGUAUUGGCCCCCAAACGGGCCGCGAGGAUGGCCAAGAAGGCGAGUGACUUCAUGGAACCCGUCCUCCUUUACUUUGAGGAGCUCGUUGCAGGGAUAUGGCUGAGCGAUGAAGAGCGCAUGAUGCUGCCAAACGAGGCCCAUCUGGCGCAGAUUCCCUGUAUCGUCAAAUUUCAACGCAAAUGCGAUGAGCCGCCGACGCGAGAGCAGUUCAAGAAGGUCGAGGCUAACCUGACGCACGCGCUCCGCUACGGCGCGUACGUAACGAAGCUCCCGGACGUGUUCUUCGCCCCGCUCGAACAAUUUUUCACCCUCCACGCGAUGGUCCUUCGCUACGCCCCUCCUGAGCCGGAGACCCCGCCUGCGCGAGCCGCCAGACUCUUGCGCACGGCGGCAGCUAUGUUCACGUUCAACCGAGGCAUGGUGCAGGCCAAGGGCCCAGUCGUGCUGCCGUUCCCAGAGAUCCACAUGCACUGGCGCACGAAUUGUCCGGACCAGGGCUGGGACCUCUAUCAGAUGGCAGACCAAGAGGCGUUGGGGCACCCAAAGGUUGUAGAUGGCAAAGGCGUUUUACACGCGAUGGUGCCGUACGCGCCUGCCCUGUACUAUCUCAGGGCACUGGGGUUCCCGGACGACAUUCCGCUGCAAGAUAUGGAUCAGAUCGUGCGCGACGGAAGAGUGCAGUGUCGUUGUGGGCUCUCGAGGCUCCCGCCUAAUCGUGGGGUGUGGGGAUGGGCAGAUCUGCUCGCGCAUUGUGAAUACGAGCACUCGCAGUGGGAGAAGAUUUGGGGACCACGAAGUGCCACGGCCGCACACCCGGCUUCUACCACGUAUACCGGAGUGUACGUCCCAUGGGUAGACGACCACGCCCCAGGCGGUCUAUUUUAUUACCCAAACGGUCACGCGGUUCCUGACUUCGAAGCGGAUCUGGCACCACUGGUGCACAUCCUAGAAGGGAUGCUGCACGCCAAGCCUGGCAGAGAGAUCGUGGCUUGUAGGCUCUGCUGCAACUUGGCCGGCCCUGGGCAGGAUCGCGCGCAUCUCGACGCAUAUUGGAGGGUGCCCAUUCCAUCGGACCGCUUGACGUUACAGCCAUUGUUCAUGGCGCAUCACCUCCUUCUAAGACACCGCGUCCCGGAAAUUCGGUACGAGUACCUGGUUCUGAGCCAGUAA